UGCAGCCCGGAAGCCCCGUUGGCGACCAAGGGGCCUCGGGAGCCCGGCCGCUCCGUCUCGGGAGGAGGCGGCUCCGCCCGCGACGGCCCCCCCCCCCGCUACCUGACGCUGCCUAAGCAGCCGCGGAAAGGGGGGCAUCUCAGCCCCGCCGUCACCGGGGGAGGCGAUCCGCACGGAGGGGGCGGGGCGCCGGGCCUGGCUCCUCCCCCUCCGCCGCCGCUUCUCGUCCGGCCCGUCAGGGGCGCUGCAGCAUCCGGUGCCGUCGGAGAGGGGAGCCGCGAUGGCGGAGCGCAGCAGCGGAGAGGCCGGCGAGCGGCCCGGGCAGGCGCCGUCGGGGCUUUCGAGCGCCGAGGAGAAGCUGCAGCAGCGCCGGGAGAAGAAGCUGCAGAAGAAGAAGAAGCAGCAGCGCCGCGACGCCGACGGGAAGGACGAGGCGGAGCAGCAGCAGCAGGUGUCGGAGGUCCCUCGAGGCCCCCUCCCCGUCGCAGAGCCUCUAGCGCCAGGAGCGGAGCCUCCCGCGCCGUCGGCGGCCGACAAGGCGGGCGCCAUGCCGGCCAAGAGCAAGGCGGAGCUGCGCGCGGAGCGGAGGGCCAAGCAGGAGGCGGAGCGGGCGCUCAAGCAGGCGCGCAAGGGCGAACCGGGCCAGGCGGCCGCCCCCGCCGCCGCCCCGGCGAUGCCCAAGGCACGCCCGCCGCCCGGCGAGACCCAGCCAGGGGUGAAGCGGCUCCCGGAGCACGUGCAGGUGGAUGAUGCGGCGGCGCAGAAGAAGCUGGCCAAGAAGCUGGAGCGACAGCAGGUGCCUCUGAGGCCGGAUUACGGGGCCAAAGUCAGCCUCUUCUCCCACCUCCACCAGUACAGCCGCAAGAUGCUGCUGACACAGCAAAUGAGCAUUCCAGCCUCCGCCAUCCACCCGGCGGUGGUGCGCCUCGGCCUCCAGUACUCUCAGGGCACCAUCAACGGCUCCAACGCCCGCUGCAUUGCCCUCUUGAGGGUCUUCAAACAGGUGAUCGGUGACUACACCACCCCAGCCAACGAGGAGCUCUCGCGGGACCUGGUGAACAAGCUGAAGCCCUACAUCAGCUUCCUGAAUCAGUGCCGGCCCCUUUCCGCCAGCAUGGGCAAUGCCAUCAAAUUCCUCAAGAAGGAGAUCUCGGCGCUGCCUGCCUCCAUGCGCGAGGAGGAGGCCAAACGGGAACUCCAAAAGGCCAUUGACAGGUAUGAGCGGGAGAAGAUCGUCUUGGCGGCUGAAGCCAUUUCCAAAUCUGCCUUAGAGAAGAUCAACGAUGGGGACGUCAUCCUGGUCUAUGGAUGCUCCUCCCUGGUGACACGCAUCCUCUGUGAUGCCCACACCCAGUGCUGCUCUGCGGGCCGUGCCUUCCGCGUGGUGGUGGUGGACAGCCGCCCGCGGCUGGAGGGGCAGGAGACGCUGCGCCGACUGGUCAAGCAUGGCCUCUGCUGCAGCUACGUCCUCAUCAAUGCCGUCUCCUACGUCUUGCCCGAGGUGUCCAAAGUGCUCCUGGGCGCGCAUGCGCUGUUGGCCAACGGCUCCGUGAUGUCGCGCAUGGGCACCUCGCAGAUCGCCCUGCUUUCGAAGGCCCACAACGUGCCAGUCCUGGUCUGCUGCGAGACCUACAAGUUCUGCGAAAGAGUCCAGACUGACUCCUUCGUCUCCAAUGAGCUCGACGACCCCGACGACCUGAUUGGUGGGAAGCCAGGGAGGACCCCGCUGGCUGGCUGGCAGGAGAGCAAGUCCCUGCGCCUCCUCAACCUGGUCUACGAUGUGACCCCCCUGGAGCUGGUGGACCUGGUCAUUACGGACUUGGGGAUGAUCCCUUGCACCUCUGUCCCGGUCGUGCUGCGGGUCAAGAAUGUGGAGCAGUAAUGCCAGGGGGGGGGUGGAGAGGGGUAGGGUCAAUAAACCUGUGUGUGCCCUGCUCCCUGCCUCCGCUGUGUGUGCCUGAGCGCUUGGACAGAACAGGACCCCUGGAAGACCUUCCCGAAAGGGUGGAUGCGUCUCAAAGUGGGGGGUUGAUGCGGAGCCCAAACUCUGGGCUGGGAUGUGUGAAGGGGCUUUGCUGGUUCCCCCUGAAGAGAGAGCCACCUUUUUCUCCCUCUUUGGUUGGACAAGCCACCUCUCUAGAUCCAGCCCCCAUCAGCCUCCUCACAUUUCCCUUCUCAUCUUGCUUUGGCAAUAUAGAGGGACAUACCUUCCUGAUAGGCCCCAAGGUGGUUAGAAAUCUUUUAAAGUCAGUAUUAUCAUUUACUGAAUUUCUAUAGUGCCCUUCAUCCGAAGAUCACAGGGUGGUUCGCAACAUUAAAGGAAGUGCCAAUCACGGCAGAGCGCGAUUCUGUUCAGAUCCUGGUGGAUCCCUGCGGCCCAAGGAUGCUCAUUUGUUUCUUUGCCCACUUUUGGGGCCAGCUUCUCGGAACAAACCCAGGGCACUUUACAGAAAAAUCAGUGUAAGCGUGAAAACAUGGGACAAAAGAAAAAAAAAACACCAACCCUAUUACAUUUAAAGCAAAGUACUGUAUUGUCAACUCGCCUAUCCAAAUAUCCCCUUUUCUCUGAGCUUAUUUUUCCUGCUAAACUUUUGUCCAGGAGUCCAUGUUCCCACCUGCCGGCUUGUGUCAGAUUAUUGGGGGGGGGGGGAUCAGGCAAAGACCACCAAAAGCCUCUGGUCUCCUGUUCCUCUUGGACCAGCAAAAAUGAGAGUGUGAAUGAGUCUUCCUGGCCAAGGGUCAAGAACGGCCGCCUGUCAUGGAGGCUUCAGCUAAGAUUCCUGCCUUGCAGGAGGUUGGACUGGAUGACCCUCGGGGUCUCUUCCUACGCUACCGCCCUAUGAUUGGGGGUGUCAGUGUAGGGGGGAGCCAUUGCCUUAAGCCACGGGGCUCCCUGCAGCCCCCUUAAAAGCUGGGGGGCCGAGACCCACAGUUCGGUUGGCGAAGGCACCUCGCCGGCCGCUUCGGUUGGGUUGCCCUUGGGGCCUUUCCCGGGUUCGACGCGUGUCACCGCGUUCCCACGCCCCUCUACCCGCCGCGGGAGG